AUGUCGCUUCCCACUCGACCCAGUGCCGACGACCUGUCGAACCUUUCUAAGCUCAAGAUCUCCACAAAGCCCAGGGCGAAGAAGGCAGAUGUAAUCGCAGACUCUUGGGAGGAUGAGUCCGACGGCUCAGACACGGAGACGGAAGAGGUGGACGACGAAGAGCGGCUUGCGAAGACGACGACGACCGAUCCGCCAAGUGUGCCUCCUCCCACUCCGGCAUCUCCAACAACGCCAGAUCUGCCAGCGAUGGCUUACGGUCCACGAGGCGAGCAGUUCAGCUCGGACAUAUACACGUCGAUGCAGCCACGUCUUGAGAAGGGAUCGAGAUCUCCAGAUCGCAGACCCGACAAGACAACGAGCGUCGCAGCGAGGCUUAUCGCAGGCGGUCUCGGAGUCAAGGCCCCAAAGAGGACCGAAGAACAGCGGGAGUAUGACAAGGCCAUGCGAGAGAAGGAGAAGAGGAGACGCGAAGAGGAGAAGAAAGCCAAAGAAGAGGAGGAGAAAGCUAAGCGCAGCGUCUGGGAGGAUUAA